AUGGCCGACCGUCGAUGCCCUGGCGACUAUCUGGCCCCUGGCUCAGCGGCCUGGCAGCAGUAUCAUACGGCCUGGCGUCAAUGGCCAAGCGGCCUGGCAGCAGUAUCAUACGGCCUGGCGUCAAUGGCCAUGGUGUUUCUCAACAAGGGCGUACUCACCUAUUACAAAUUCAGCAUGACGCUGCUAGCGCUGCAGAUGAUCGCCACAACAGCUCUUAUUUAUGGUUGCGGGAAGCUCGAGUGGAUCGCCAUGCGCCCAUUCUCCCUCUCCACCGCGCGCCGCCUGCUGCCGCUCUCCUUCUUCUAUAACGCCAACGUCGCCUUCGCCCUGGCGAGUCUGCAGGGCGUCAACAUCCCCAUGUACAUUGCUCUCAAACGCCUCACCCCCAUGGCUGUGCUUAUAACGGGGUUCUUCACCGGAAAAUCCAAGCCUCCUCUGCAGGUGACUCUCUCCGUAUCUCUCACAACCUUUGGCUGCCUGAUAGCAGCGCUGGGCGAUUUCUCGUUGGACCCCUACGCGUACGCGCUCGCGCUCACCUCAGUGCUCUGCCAGACCUUCUACCUCCUCCUCGUGGAGCGCUCGGGGGCAGAGCAGGGCAUCUCGUCUUUUGAGCUCAUGUUCUAUAACGCGCUUCUCUCGCUGCCGUUCCUGGGAGCUAUACUCCUCUGCACCAACGAGCUGCCUACCUCCGUGCCUCUGCUCUUCACCAUGCUCAUGUUCUAUAACGCGCUGCUCUCCCUGCCGUUCCUGGGAGCCAUCCUGCUCUGCACCUACGAGCUGCCUACCUCCAUACCUCGGCUCUUCACCAUGGUACAGCAACGGCAUUCCCCUUCUCUCUUGCACCAAGGUGGUUUGGUUUUCCUGUCAUCGAAUCAAGUCACCUCUUGCCUUUCUGGCGAUAACCUCAUCGCUGCUGAUGCUUUUGGUCCGCAACUACAUCAUGUUCCUCUGCAGUAUUCUCAACUCCCUCCCCUUCCCUCCCCCUUUUGUCGUGAAUUACUUCCCCGCUGGACUUAA